AUGGAGCAGACGACGGAACAAGCCACACCAAGGCUCACUCAUUGUCUGCGGCUUAUUAGGUACGAGAAUGAAAAUAUGACCAUGACAAUGGAAUUCUUGAGCAUUCCAAGAGCCACUCUGGCGCUCAACUACCUCAAUACGAACAGUACGACCCACACCUCACCGUUCUCUGCCAUUGCAGAACUUGUGGAUAACGCGUACGAUGCCGACGCUGACACUCUGGAGAUCAAUCUCGUUCGAGACUACAAUGACUACUACCUGGAAUUCAAGGACGACGGUACCGGUAUGUCGCAAGAGGAAGUGUCAAAGAUGAUUCUCUUCGGUCACUCAAACAAGACCAGUGAUAAAAUUGGUCGAUACGGAAACGGAAUGAAAUCCGGUGGCUUCCAUCUCGGUCGUGAACUCUUCAUGAUCACCAAAAAAGACGGCAUCAACACGUGUCUCCUCAUCUCACAUGCAUUUCACGCGGACAACAAGAUAACUGAUGAAGUCUUGUGCCCGUGUGUAUCGAUGGAUGAUCGCGGAAAUCCAGUGGAGAAUAGAGCAAGAAAAUUCCCAUGGAUACUGCAGACACACGAAAAGGAGCUCGACAUCAUCAAUCAAUACGCGCCAUUGAGAGGACGCACUCUCCAGGAGAUGAUCGGAAGGAUUCGCGAUAGAUCUGGUACUCUCAUAAUCAUCGGUCGUCUGAAAAAGACCGGAGAUGUUGGAAAACAACUGGAGAUAGUUGUAAAUGGAAACGAUAUUGAAACGAAAACGGAGGACGGGACACUCAUCGAACGAUCGCUGAGAGAAUACCUCAGCGUUCUCUAUCUCUUUCCAAAAAUGAGAAUAAUUCUCAUCGAAGAGGCUGUCCAACCAAAAAAGCUUUGCGCUAAUUGGUUGGGCAGAUAUCAUGCGGAACUAUCUGCGGAGGCCUUCAAACACGGCCACAAUAAGAACGUUUCUGACAUGGUCUCGGCUAGAGACAGAAUAAAACAACAGAUCGACGGCUUCGCUACCGAUACCCAAUAUCGGAACGAGUCUGUACAGACAAUUGAUCAAAUGAAAGCAACUCGAAGGCAUCUCAACGAAAGGACCGCCUCACUCCAAGAAGAACUGGAUUCUUGCGAUAAGAUACUCAAAGAUCUUCAAAAUGCGAAUAGACAGAAGAAGUUCAAAGUCAUAAUGGGGUGUGACGUCCAGAAUCGAGAGAACAACGGAAUGCACUUCUACAUCAACAACCGUCUCAUCACUUGGGGACACAAGUCAGCGAUCUUCCGAUCAAGCACGACGCACACGCUGGGAAUCUCGUUGUACGUCAACGUCUCCUACGAUGUCUUCAGUCCAACGCACAACAAACAGAGUUUCGAGAGUCAGGAAGACUUCAAAUUGCUUGUCAAAAAGUGCAACGCCUUCUUGAACAUCUAUCAGAAGCAAAUGGAGUACCAAUGGAUCCCGGAUCAUUUGAAACAGAAAUGGGCUUAUAAACUCCAGCCGGACGCUGAUGUUUGGGCUGAGUUUUGGCAGAAAUAUGGAUACAAUGACGCCACUACGGCGAAUUUGCCGAGAAGCCAGUUGGCUGAUGAGGCCAAGAAAACGAUCGUAUCGUGUUGCGGUGUUUGGAUCUUGUGCCAAUCGUGCAAAACAUGGCGUCGUACACCCGGCAACACCCCUCCAGGGGAAUAUCCAUAUUUCCGCUGCAGCGCCAUCAAUCUACAGUGUUGUGGGUCUCGUAGUCUUCCAAAUCGGGUCAGAAGCGACGAUGAGCACACUCGGCGCUUGCCACCACAAGCUCCAUUGCCACCGGUUCAUGUCGCUCCAGCGAUUCCUGUCGAUCGAAUGGCUUCGAAUAUAAAUUCGGAGGGUAGACGAUUAGCGGAGAGAUCGGUUGAAGAGACAAAGAGAAAUGUGCCGAAAAUCAAUAAAGCACCAAGACCAGCGAUAGUUGGAGAGGUGGAGGACGAGGAUUUGCAGCCAGUUGAGGCUCUCCCGAUGGUUCCGAAGAAUGAGCAGGCUCAUCGCGCAAAUGAAAUUGUUGAAGAGAAUCAGGAGGUUGAUGAAUUAGAGGAAGAUGCUGAUGGAGAGCAGGAAAAUGAUGAAGAUGAACAGGAAGACGAUGACGAGAGAGUGAAUAACCAGAGUGUUCAAAAAGUGCGCCCACAAAACGUCUACGCGAAGAAACCGGCUACCAAAGUGAGCAGACGACGUCAACACGAGUCAUCAUCAGAUGACAGUUCUGGAGAGGAGGAGGGAACAACGAAGAAGGCGAAGACGAAUAAAGCGAGCUCCUCGUCGCAGAGAUUGACGUCGGCGGUGAAGCCAGCUGUGGCGAGACCAGGGAUUCAGGAUGAACAAGUGUCAAUCUCAAAAGCUCAUCUGGACAACUACAACCAAUUCCUCGUCUGGUUCAAUACAACACCCAUCUCAUCCGGAUCGAGACGAGUAAUCGACGCAGCUCAAUUGAUCAAAACUCGUCAGGGAAUGAUAGACAGAGAGAAGCGAACUGUCGCGGCAAUGUCUACCCGUAUUGAUCAGGUUUUGGAUGAAUUCUCCAAACACAGUAGUAUCACCAGAAUUCGAAUUCCGUCGAAAACACAGAAUGUCACUACACUGGAAAGAAUCAACAAAGUAGUCACAAACAUUUAUGCAGCAAAGGGAAGAAAGGCUGCAAGGAAAUAA